CGCGCUUGGUAGCUUCGCUUGUUGUAUCGUAUACACACUUCGAAGCUUUGGAUACGCGCCACGCGGGAAACGGUUGGCGAGAGGAGAUUCGAAAAAUUUGAAUUUUGUGCUUUUGUUUCAGCAGAUAUGAUUUCGCCUAGCUGGAAGAUAGCUCUCCGUUUCAACUUCUCUUAGAGUUACCUCUUUUGUUACUUGCCCCUUGACCAUGGAAGCUGUGGUGGUGAAACCAGUGAAGACGGUAGCGAAACGGGACUCGAGCAAAGCUGACAAAGAUGCUGAUGAUGACGUAUUUGACUCGGUGGAUGUUCUGAACAAAGCCAGGCUACUAUCAAUGGGAGGCGAUGAUAUGCUGCAAGGACUAGAAAGCUGGCUGAAUGAAUGCUCCACAGUAACUGGCAGAGUGGCCUCCAUUCCUGACGUAUUGCAUCCCGACAAGGCCACAACCCCAACUACCGAUCUUCUACUAUCAAUACUGGAUGGAAAGAAACAAGCAGAUGCUGCUGAUAUGGCGGGUGAUGGGAAUAUGUUUGAUGUCUAUGCACGCCUGCUCAAUAAUGCUUCCAUACCCAGUCUAAGUGGCUCCGGAGCUGGUGCAGAUUUGAACUACUCCACCAGGACUUCUCUGUCCUUGUCUUCAUAUCUGCCAAAUACUGGACCCAUGGCGGCAAGUCAGGAUCCAUUGGGGCACCAGCUGCCUUCAAUGCCCAACUAUCAGAUGGAGAGUACCCAAGUUCCCAACACACAGAUUCGGUAUGGCGUUCCAGGAUUUCUUCCCAGCAACACCCUGUCUUCUCAGCAGCAGCAGCAACGUCAGCAGCAGCAGCCAACCUUGUUGCAGAAUCGCUCUGAUCCGACACAUAAUACGAAUGAUCCUCAAGACUCUAGGUCGACAAAGGACGGUAGAACAUCACCAGGUUCUCAAGAAUCACAGUCGACAGCAUCAAACACUCAUCCCCAACAAGAGUUUUCUGAACUGGCAGAGAACCAGAAAGAUCUUUUCGAAGAGUUGAUGUCAGAGGCAGGUACUAUACCAGCCGAGCCCCACCAACACUACCCUUGGGUACAGCUACCUGGAGAGGGCAACCCUAAUCUGUAUCCACUAGUUGGAGUUAAGCCCGCGCCCACACUACCGCUACCCAGCAUGCAUUAUUCACCAUAUGGCUUGCCACCGGCGAUGGCCUCAUCAGCAGAGCAAGCAAUGUCACAGGUUCCCUUACAGCAGCAGGAUCGGCCGCCACACCCUAUCGCCUACUCGUCGCCUUACUCCAGGCUGCCAGCUCCUCCAUUAGCAUACAUGCCGUCCGCCUACCAUCAUCCCAUGUACCACCACCACCCGCAUCCGUACAUGCCACCAAAUUACCCACCAAUGGCAGCGCAGCAUCAAGCUGCUGCUGCAGCGGCUCUGAUGGCACAAGCUGCUGCUUUGGCCCAAGGCUCAUAUCUCCCUGCACCAGUGCAUCAUCCGUUUUCCGGAUUUGCGUCAGCGAAAGCACCCACGCCUGCAGAGUAUGAGAAAGCAGUGAAAGAGCACCUGCAGCGCAUCAAGUUAAGCCCCCAUCGUCCACCCACUACCAUGAGUCGAGCGUUAUCGAUGAAAGCCUCGAUUAGCAAGAAGAUUAAGCCUACCAUCAAGCGCGCAUCGUCGCAGAAAGCAGCCAACCGCUAUAUUGUGCCCGAAGCUGCUGCCGAAAAAUCCACCUUGAUGUACACACCAACAUCAGUAGUUGCAGCACUUGAGUCAACAACAGUGGAUAGCGUCACGAGUACGAAUGCAAAUGCAGCAUCUGCAACCGUGACAACUCCAAUAGCCAGUAAAACAGCAAUCAGUCGUCACAAGAAAUUGCUCCGACCAGCGAAAAGGUUCAUGCAGAAUUUGCGCUCCUAGACUCUAUUGACCAGCUUGCAACAACUGCUGAAAUCUGUUGCCGUGACAACAGCUCCGUAAAUGAUUAUGACCUAUUUUCAAUAUUCCAUUCACUUGCUUCUUCAAACCAUCACAAACACACGGUUCCAUCACUUCAAAUGAUUUUUCACAGAACACAUCUUGUCCUUGCUUUAGUAUUUAUACUUAUUUAGUUUUGAACCCCAUGGCCGGCCACGCCAGGUCCCGAGUCAUAUGCUGCCGACGUAUGUUUAUUUUUUUAACUAUCCAAUUUAACUCUAACAGUGAAAUGUGAAGAAUAAUGUUCUCUUGUCUUCAGCCUGAUUUUUUCCCUCCUGCAACUGAUAGCUACCGUGCUGUGUAGCGGCAUCAGUGUAGUUUUAAACUCUUACUACAAUGUAUAUCUACACGGCUAGUUUUUCUAUCAGUAUUCUCAAUACGAACUUAGAAGAACCAACUUCAGUAUUCUCAUUAUUUUCUUGUUUAUAGUGAACACUUGAAACGAGCAAUUUCAUCUAAUGCUCCUUGCAUUUGAAACCUGAAAGGAGACGUGGGUUGAUUGUA